AGGAUCGGGGGUAAACCAAGGGCGACGAAGUGCUGCCUAUUAAGUCCAGCGAAUAUAUUCGUUCCUUCCCCAGAGAUCCACCCCAACCAAGCAAACUUUGCUCCGCGCUCUCCGCCCCCUGAGGCCGCUCUCCGGCUCCUGCCUUGGCUCUGCGACGGACGAGGCAAUGGCCGGCGGUGAGUACAAACUGCUGCUCGAAGGAGCCGAGCAACUGGUGCUUGUUUGCACCCAAGGCGAGCAGUAUCUCUUGGAGGCCGGCAUGGAGCAGCUGGCCCUGCGGGGAAACGCCAGCGUGGUAAUCGGCAAAAAUGGGUGCAUAGAAGCAGUUGGUGAUGCAAGGGCCAUUCGUGAGCAAUUCUCUGGAGCAACUUUUGACAAAAUAAUUGAUUGCUCUGGAAAGUGCAUUUUACCAGGUUGGUAUGGAUUUAAAGAUUUAUUGUACCAAGCAGUAAUUUAUGUAUUUAUAGAGGGGCAAGACAUGCCUCUGUUUUUACUUCUUUAUUUUCCUUUGAAGUGAAAAGGACUGAGUAAAGGACACAGAACAUUCUGAAAGAAAGAUUGCUGUGUCAAAUUGGAUGUAUUUCUUGAGCAUGCCAGGACUUUUAAUCUAUAAUAUAUAAAAUCAGAACCAGAAGCUUCAGCUAGUGCAGAAUGUGGCAGCAGGUGUCAGGGCCAGCCCAAAAAUGACUUAGAAAAAUCCAACCAAAGUUCAGUUCUUUAUUUGCUUACAUCAGUGUUUUUCAACCACUGUGCUGCGGCACACUAGUGUGCCGU